AUGUGGGUGAGCCACAGCGGCGGCGGGUGGACGAGUCACGUUAUGUGGCUGGUCCUAAAGAAUGAGCUAAACCUUGUCGGGACGCAGGAACUCUGCUAUUAUGCACUAAAUUCCGAGCUUCGGUUGGUGUUCUUCCGAGUUGUCCACGUUAAACGGGAGGGGCCUUUGCCGAUGCCUUCCGCAGACCAUGGCUUGCGGAGGUCCUGGUUCAAUAAAGCUGCCGAACGGGUAUCGCGACCGUUGUUGUUUGAUUCAGCCAACCUCUACCAGUCCUGGGAGGUCGUUUUCCAACCGAAGGACGCGAAUUUACCAACUAUGGAGACAGGGACGUUGUCCUGA